GAGGAUUUAAUGAACGAGUUGCCGCCCCCGAGCUGCGCGGCGGAGAGGCGGGGUGAGUGACAGAGGCUUGCUUGUCCCACCUAAUACAGGCGUGCGACGAGACGCGCAGCGGGGAGAGGGGGCGGGCCGAUCGAUCUCCUCCGGCUCCGACGCCCUGGGCCUGCCAGGUCCCGGGUCCGCUGCGGCGCUAGGGUGGGACAACCCAAAGCGACGCUCAGGAACUAUGUGGGGCAGCGAUCGCCUGACGGGUGCUGGGCGAGGCGGGGCGGCAGUGACUGUGGUCUUCACCAACGCUCGCGACUGCUUUCUCCACCUGCCGCGGCGUCUCGUGGCCCAGCUGCACCUGCUGCAGAAUCAAGCUAUAGAAGUGGUCUGGAGUCACCAGCCUGCAUUCUUGAGCUGGGUAGAAGGCAGGCAUUUUAGUGAUCAAGGCGAAAAUGUGGCUGAAAUUAACAGACAAGUUGGUCAAAAGCUUGGACUCUCAAAUGGGGGACAGGUAUUUCUCAAGCCAUGUUCCUAUGUGGUAUCUUGUCAACAAGUUGAGGUGGAACCCCUUUCAGCAGAUGAUUGGGAGAUACUGGAGCUGCAUGCUGUUUCCCUUGAACAGCAUCUUCUAGAUCAAAUUCGAAUCGUUUUUCCAAAAGCCAUUUUUCCUGUUUGGGUUGAUCAACAAACUUACGUAUUUAUUCAGAUUGUUGCACUAAUACCAACUGCUACUUAUGGAAGGCUGGAAACUGACACCAAGCUCCUUAUUCAGCCAAAGACACGCCAAGCCAAAGAGAAAUCUGCAUUUUCAAAAACAGAUGCUGAAUAUAAAAAACUUCAUAGUUACGGAAGAGACCAAAAAGGAGUGAUGAAAGAACUUCAAACCAAGCAACUUCAGUCAAAUACUGCGGGAAUCACUGAGUCUAAUGAAAACAAGUCAGAGUUUCCAGUUGACUCGUCAUCAGUAGCAAGUUUAUGGACUAUGAUAGGAAGCAUUUUUUCUUUUCGAUCUGAGAAGAAACAAGAGACAUCCUGGGGUUUAACUGAAAUCCACGCAUUCAAAAAUAUGCAAUCAAAGGUUGUUCCUCUAGACAAUAUUUUCAGAGUAUGCAAAUCUCAACCUCCUAGUAUAUAUAAUGCAUCAGCAACCUCUGUUUUUCAUAAGCACUGUGCCAUUCAUGUAUUUCCAUGGGAUCAGGAAUAUUUUGAUGUAGAGCCCAGCUUUACUGUGACCUAUGGAAAGCUAGUUAAGCUACUUUCUCCAAAGCAAGAGCAAAGUAAAACAAAACAAAAUGUCUUAUCACCUGAAAAAGAGAAACAGAUGUCAGAGCCACUAGAUCAAAAAAAAGUUAGGUCAGAUCAUAGUGAAGAAGAUGAGAAGACCUGUGUGCUACAAGUAGUCUGGAAUGGGCUUGAAGAAUUGAAGAAUGCCAUAAAAUACAUCAAAAAUGUAGAAGUUCUCCAUCUUGGGAAAGUGUGGAUUCCAGAUGACCUGAGGAAGAGACUAAACAUAGAAAUGCAUGCUGUAGUCAGGAUAACUCCAGUGGAAAUUACCCCUAAAAUUCCAAGAUCUCUAAAGUUACAACCUAGAGAGAAUUUACCUAAAGACCUAAGUGAAGAAGACAUAAAAACUGUAUUUUAUUCAUGGCUACAGCAGUCUACUACCACCAUGCUUCCUUUAGUAAUAUCAGAGGAAGAAUUUAUUAAGCUGGAAACUAAAGAUGGGCUGAAGGAAUUUUCUCUGAGUAUAGUUCAUUCUUGGAAAAAAGAAAAAGAAAAAAAUAUUUUUCUGUUGAGUCCCAAUUUGCUGCAGAAGACUACAAUACAAGUCCUUCUAGAUCCUAUGGUAAAAGAAGAAAACAGUGAGGAAAUUGACUUUAUUCUUCCUUUUUUAAAGCUGAGCUCUUUGGGAGGAGUGAAUUCCUUAGGCGUGUCCUCCUUGGAGCACAUCACUCAUAGCCUCCUGGGACGCCCUUUGUCUCGGCAGCUGAUGUCGCUUGUUGCGGGACUUAGGAAUGGAGCUCUUUUACUCACAGGAGGAAAGGGAAGUGGAAAAUCAACUUUAGCCAAAGCAAUCUGUAAAGAAGCAUUUGACAAACUGGAUGCCCAUGUGGAGAGAGUUGACUGUAAAGCUUUACGAGGAAAAAGGCUUGAAAACAUACAAAAAACCCUAGAGGUGGCUUUCUCAGAGGCAGUGUGGAGGCAGCCAUCUGUUGUUCUGCUGGAUGACCUUGACCUCAUUGCUGGACUGCCUGCUGUCCCGGAACAUGAGUACAGUCCUGAUGCAGUGCAGAGCCAGCGGCUUGCUCAUGCUUUGAAUGAUAUGAUAAAAGAGUUUAUCUCCAUGGGAAGUUUGGUUGCACUGAUUGCCACAAGUCAGUCUCAGCAUUCUCUACAUCCUUUACUUGUUUCUCCUCAAGGAGUUCACAUAUUUCAGUGCAUCCAACACAUUCAGCCUCCUAAUCAGGAACAAAGACGUGAAAUUCUGCAUAAUGUAAUAAAAAAUAAACUGGACUGUGAUAUAAACAAGUUCACCAAUCUUGACCUGCAGCAUGUAGCUAAAGAAACUGGAGGGUUUGUGGCUAGAGAUUUUACAGUACUUGUGGAUCGAGCCAUACAUUCUCGACUCUCUCAUCAGAUUAUAUCCACCAGGGAGGAAUUAGUUUUAACAACAUUGGACUUCCAGAAGGCUCUCCAAGGAUUUAUUCCUGUGUCCUUGCGAAGUGUCAACCUGCAUAAACCCAGAGACCUGGGUUGGGACAAGAUUGGUGGAUUACAUGAAGUUAGGCAGAUACUCAUGGAUACUAUCCAGUUACCUGCCAAGUAUCCAGAAUUAUUUGCAAACUUGCCCAUACGACAAAGAACAGGAAUACUGUUGUAUGGUCCUCCUGGAACAGGAAAAACCUUACUAGCUGGGGUAAUUGCACAAGAGAGUAGAAUGAAUUUUAUAAGCAUCAAGGGGCCAGAGUUACUCAGCAAAUAUAUUGGAGCAAGUGAACAAGCUGUUCGGGAUAUUUUUAUUAGAGCACAGGCUGCAAAGCCCUGCAUUCUUUUCUUUGAUGAAUUUGAAUCCAUUGCCCCUCGAAGGGGUCAUGAUAAUACAGGAGUUACAGACAGAGUGGUUAACCAGUUGCUGACUCAGUUGGAUGGAGUAGAAGGCUUACAGGGUGUUUAUGUAUUGGCUGCUACUAGUCGCCCUGACUUGAUUGACCCUGCCCUGCUUAGGCCUGGUCGACUAGAUAAAUGUGUAUACUGCCCUCCUCCUGAUCAGGUAUCACGUCUUGAAAUUUUAAGUGUUCUCAGUGACUCUCUACCUCUGGCAGAUGAUGUUGACCUUCAGCAUAUAGCAUCAGUAACCGACUCCUUUACUGGAGCUGAUUUGAAAGCUUUACUUUACAAUGCUCAGUUGGAAGCCUUACAUGGAAGGCUGCUCUCGAGUGGACUCCAGGAUGGAAGUUCCAGCUCUGAUAGUGACCUAAGUCUGUCUUCAAUGGUCUUUCUUAACCAUAGCAGUGGCUCUGACGAUUCAGCUGGAGAUGGAGAAUGUGGCUUAGAUCAAUCUCUUGUUUCUUUAGAGAUGUCCGAGAUCCUUCCAGAUGAAUCAAAAUUCAACAUGUACCGGCUCUACUUUGGAAGCUCUUAUGAAUCGGAACUUGGAAAUGGAACCUCUUCUGAUCUGAGCUCACAGUGUCUCUCUGCACCAAGCUCUGUGACUCAGGAUUUGCCCGGAGUUCCUGGGAAAGACCAGUUGUUUUCACAGCCUCCAGUGUUGAGGACAGCUUCACAAGAGGGUUGCCAAGAACUUACACAAGAACAAAGAGAUCAACUGAGGGCAGAUAUCAGCAUUAUUAAAGGCAGAUACCGGAGCCAAAGUGGAGAGGAUGAAUCCAUUAACCAACCAGGACCAAUCAAAACCAGACUGGCUAUUAAUCAGUCGCAUUUAAUGACUGCACUUGGCCACACAAGACCAUCCAUUAGUGAAGAUGACUGGAAGAAUUUUGCUGAACUAUAUGAAAGCUUUCAAAAUCCAAAGAAGAGGAAAAAUCAAAGUGGAACAAUGUUUCGACCUGGACAGAAAGUAACUUUAGCAUAAAAUACACUUGUUUUGGGGUUUUGUUUUGUUUUUGAUGGCUUGUCCAUAUGUUGUAACAGGGAAAAAUGGCAUCUGUAAAUUUCUUCUUAAUUUAACAAAUUUGGUUGAUUUAUAAAAUCAGAUUGGUAAAUGCUAUAAUUAUGUAAUGAUCAGGAUUGAGAUUAAUACUGUAGUAUAAAUUGGGACAUUUAUAACAGAUUCUAUAUUUUAUUUCCUUUGAGGAAAAGAUAAUAAAGAAUGAAAUUAAAUUUCUUGGCAUUCACAGUUGCACAUUCAACAUCUUGGUAGCAUAUGACAAAUUUUAUGCUUAGCAGCUUCUUCACUGUUUUUGAAAUAAAAUAUUCUAUUACCUAC